AUGCUGAGUGCUCAAAAGUUAGUUUUUUUCUUUUGAAAGGGCUCCAAAAAUUCGAAAAUUUUGCAGAAAGACUCCGAAAAAGAAAAAAGGGAGCACGGUGCCGAAAUCCGGUGCCAAAACUCCCGGAAAAGUGAGAAGCCAUCACAAAAGAGAAAAAGAUCGGAAGGAUCGAAAGGUUCGGCUCAUUUUUCGUUAAAAACUACUGUAAACCUCAUUUGUCUGCAUUACACACCAUUAAUGGUCUGCAAUUUGUCGUCAAAUGCGUAUUAAUUGAAGCGCCGAACGAAGGACGGAAAGAAGCGAGACAAGGGACCGAAAAAGCGGAGUCACGGGGCGGCGGCCAGAAAAAAGAGCGGCGCGGUCGCGAAAAUGCCCGGGAAAGACGGAAAGAAGAAGAGGGCCAAGGUACUUUUUUCAGAAUUAAAAAAAAAGGAGGCCAUUACUUUUACAGCCGCACAAAUCAUCAUCGCUCUCUCCGAAAGUCGAUCCGCUUUUCAAUGCGCCGGAGGCGGUGAAAAAAGCGGAAGAAAGGGAGAAGGAACCGAAAGAAAUUAAGGAAAUGAGCACGACGGACGAGCCGACCGCUCCCGAAUUCUCAUCGGUGGCUCCCGAGAAAAAGAAGUCGGCGGUCGAAAUAAGGGACGAAAAAGAGGGUGUUCUCCCGGUGGAGCCCACGCAAAAAAGUGUCGACAGUCCCGAAAAGGAGAAGGAGGAGCCGUGUGUUUUUUUUUUCAAAUUUUUGAAAUCUACGGAACAAGGAAACUUCCCUUCCAAGGCGGAGACUUUUGACAGAUUGUUAAUGAAAUUAUAUUUCUCGCAGAUCUCCGCCCAAAAAAUCGAUCUCAAAAUCGCCGCAGAAGGAGUCGCCACCGAAGGAGAAUCGCUACAAGCCGCUUCAGAAACUGUUGGACGAGUGCUCCGAAGUACGUUUUUUCUCGGUCACUCAAAAAUGAAAAAAUGGUUGCCAUGGCCUAGAAAAUGUCUCGGCCAAGCUAAUUUUCCGCUUUCCCAGCAGCCGAGCAAGGGAAGCAACGAGAAAGUGAGCCCGGAGAAAGAGGACGAACCGAAGACUCCCGACGCGGUCGGACCGCCCCUUUUGAAGAAGGAACCGAGCUUGUUGGAGCUCAAUAAGACACAGUCCGGGCCGGUGGCCCCACUAAAAUCGCCGCCGAAAAAGAAAAAAGUGGACUUGGGAGCGCCGAUCGCUCCGGGACCGCCGAGCAAAAUGACGAGCCGUCUGAAGCCCGAGAUGGAGAGCCCGCCCAAAUCGGACAAAUGUAAAUACGAGCAUUUUUAUAGAAAACCGAACAUCUGAGUUGUUUAGCCGACAAACGGAACAAGGCGGUGGUGAUGCGUUCCGAUCUGGACGGUCCGCUUCCGGAAAAGGGUUUCGUGCAGAACCACGGAGACACUCAACAGGUGUGGAGCAUGAAGAAGGUCGACUGCGACCUGAUCGGCCGGACCGGAAUGUACAUCGAGAGAUUCGGAAUGCCCGCCGAGAGAAAGGUCUGUUUCACUGGAAAUUUACUACUAUCGGGGCAUUUCAAAGUGAAUGCGUUCCGUUGAGACGACCCUCUUUCUGUGAUCUUCGUUUUUUGUACAGCCGCAAAACAAGUUUCAAUUGUUUUUCAUGAGUUCUAGAAUAAUUUUCUCUGUUUUCAAUUCACUAUGAAAUGCCCCGCCGAUAGUAAGCUUUCGUUGAAAAAAAUUGUCGGAGAAAAACACGGUGACACUUGCAGCAAGCGUUCGACUGGAUCGCCUACAACCGUCACGAUCUGACAAACAAACAGACGCCGUUCUCGAACAAUCUUUCCGUCGCACUCGCCGACGUCGGAAUUGCCAAGUGAGAUUCGGGCCUAGUUGUAAGAGUUCUACUCGUAAGCAUUUCCAGACCCUUGCUGAUGCGCACGAUCGUCUAUUUCAAGUCGCACGGACAAAUCAGUCCGACGGAAAUGGAUUCGGUGCUGCGUGCCGUGCAAAACGCCCCAGGCGACCGAGUCUCUUUCUCGAAAGUCUCCGAAAUUCUACGUCAAAAUUGUGAGGUCUACAAAAAGAAAUCGGGCGCCGAUCCGCCUGCGAACUCUUAG